CAUGUCCGAGAACCCAUCCUGCCGCAACCUACUCCGCCUUUAGGUAGAGGUUGCUUAGGAAUCAAGUCCUGUGGAGCGCUAAAGCGGCAGCACACUAAAGACUGGAACAAUAAUAAUGCCUUUAUUUCUAGUGAGAGUAGUUCAUAAGUUCAUCAGAAUUUCAACGUAAACCGUCGGAGAGGGAAAGAAUACUAGGCAACAAAAAGCAUCAGGGGACUCUUGAAAAUAAAGCUUCAGUUCUUCACUACUAGUUUUAAGCAUGUCACCCCACCUGUUCAGCCUUAACUUUCAAGCAAAAACUCGCACCUAUAGUUCCCACCUCGUGACCGUCCCUCUCCCAUCUUACCCUUAAGUGUCCGCAUCUAGAAUUUACUUAAAAUUGGGACAUCUGCUCUUGCUUACCAGGAAAAACCACUUCCUGGGAGCCUGAACUUCUUUGCGCUCAGUUAAACAUCAAUCCCUUAAAAAUGGGUUCCUUUCAAACACCAAGUGGAACAAAAUGUCCUGUUUUGCUGGAGACCUCCUGUGGAUAUUUGCUCCAAGAACUGCAGAUGAUAUGGGAUGAAGUUGGAGGAGAUCAAUUUGAAAGGGAAAAGGUUCUUCUGGACAUAGAACAGGAGUGUCUGGAGGUUUAUAGAAAGAAAGUUGACAAUGCAAACAUAUCAAGAGCUCGACUACACCAGGAACUGGCAGAUGCUCAAGCUGAGUUUACCCAUCUGCUUCUGUCACUUGGCGAACGUUCCCUCCCUCUACGGCCAGAGAAAAUGACUGGAACAUUGAAGGAACAGCUAAAUUCAAUUACUCCAGCUCUCAAGGAGAUGCAGUUGAGAAAAGAAGAGAGGGUGAAGCAAUUCCGUGCUGUACAAUCACAAAUUCAGAAGAUUUCAGGAGAAAUAGCAGGUCGAUCAGAGUACAAUGACACAUCAUCGAGCAUUGUAGUAAAUGAAAGUGACCUUUCACUAAAAAGACUUGAAGAGUACCAAAAUGAGCUUCAGAGACUUCACAAUGAGAAGAGCGACAGACUUCAAAGGGUAGAAAAAUAUAUGAGUACAAUUCAGAACUUGUCAGCCACUCUGGGAAUGGAUUCCUCCAUGAUUAUCACAAAGGUUCAUCCGAGCUUGAACGCAUUGUCUGGUCUGUCGAAGAAUAUAGGUGAUUUCAUUUUGGCAAAACUAGACAGUACUGUGGAGUCACUUGAAGCUGAAAAGCAAAAGCGACACGAGAAGCUUCAAGUCCUCGGUAAAGCAUUAAUAAACGUAUGGAAUCUCAUGGACACUCACUAUCAAGAUCGUGAACGUUUCUCUCAUGUCACCAGUUUAUCGUCAGUUUCAUCAUCUGACAUAUAUACACCUGGAAGCCUCACUCUCGACAUAAUCCAGCAGGCCGAGGUUGAAGUCAAUAGACUGGACCAAUUGAAAGCAAGCAAGAUGAAAGAGCUUUUUCUCAAAAAACAACUUGAGCUUGAGGAGAUAUGCAAUCAAUCACAUAUGGAAAUCCCUUCAAGAUCAGAGAUGGAGAAUAUAAUGAACCUGAUAAACUCCGGGGAGAUUGACCAUGCUGAUCUCUUGAUGAGCAUGGAUGAACAGAUAGCUAGAGCAGAAGAAGAAGCUGCCAGCAGGAAGCCUAUAAUGGAGAAAGUAGAAAAAUGGAUAUUAGCAUGUGACGAGGAGCGCUGGUUGGAAGAGUAUAGCAGGGAUGAGAAUCGGUAUUCAGUCAGCAGAGGUGCUCACAGGAAUCUGAAAAGAGCAGAACGUGCUAGAGUGUUGGUUAACAAGAUUCCAGAACACUUGGAGUUUUAAAUCUGUGGAUGCAGCUCUGGUAGAUUUGCUGAUAGAAAAGACAAAGACCUGGGAAGAAGA